AUGGGAACUAGUGGCGAAAAGCAGCUGGGAGAGACUCCCACCGUCCUUGAUCGUGUCGAAACCGCGGAAGAGCCGGUCUUGUAUGAAAAAGAACUCGCCCAACAGGCAGGCCGCGACUAUGCUGGUGCCACAGCAAAGACUGACCCCAAGGAGAUCAACCUUGUCAAGAAGCUCGAUUUCCGCAUAAUGCCAACACUGUUUGCCAUGUACUUUCUCAACUACGUUGAUAGGAACACUAUUGCCCAAGCUCGGCUGAAUGGAUUAGAAAAGGAUCUGGGGAUGCAUGGCACCCAGUUCAACACCACGGUUUCCAUCCUCUUCGUUGGCUAUAUUUUAACUCAAGUUCCAAGCAAUAUGUUGAUCACGAGGGUACCACCAAGUAUCUACAUGAGCACCUGGAUGGUUAUCUGGGCCACUGUUUCAGCAUGUACUGCCCUGGUUCAGUCAUAUGCCGGGAUGGUGGUAUGCCGAUUCCUCCUUGGGAUCACAGAAGCGCCUUUUUAUCCUGGAGCUACAUAUAUACUGUCCAUAUUUUAUACGCGGAAAGAGGUUGCAGCACGUAUUGCAGUCUUGUACGCUGCACAGAUUCUGGCCACAGGAGUGUCUGGUCUCAUUGCCGCCGGGGUAUUCUAUGGCCUUGACGAUGUAAGGGGGAUUUCUGGAUGGAGAUGGCUUUUUAUCAUUGAAGGUUGUGUGACAGCCGUUGUGGCUUUCGCUGGAUUCUGGUUAUUACCAAAUACUCCCAGUACGACUCGUUGGCUAAAACCGGAAGAACGCGAACUCGCCCAUGCGAGAAUUGAAAUGGAUAAGAUGGGUGAACCAGAGCAGGCAUCAGCAAUGGAAGGCCUCCGACAGGCCUGCAGGGACAAACGGACCUGGAUUUUUUGCCUAAUGCAAAACUUCCAUUUAUCGGCGUGUGGUUUCAACAGCUUCUUCCCCACUGUUGUUAAAACAAUUGGCUUCAAUACGACGAUCACAUUGCUCCUCACAUGCCCUCCCUUCAUCUUUGCUGGUAUAGUUGGAAUUCUUUUCGGAUACAGCUCUGGUCGGUUCCAUGAACGCACUUGGCACAUCACCGUGGGCCUCACGACCGCGAUUGUCGGGUUCGUGAUCGCAGCAUGUACACUUAACACUGCCGGGCGGUAUAUCGCGUGCUUUAUCUUCCCGAUUGGAGCAUAUUCCGUAAAUUCGGUGAUAAUCGGGUGGGCAUCAUCCACACUAUCACAGACAAGAGAAAAGCGAGCUGUGAUUCUCGCUAUGACAAACAUCGGUGGGCAAAUUGGCUACAUUUACGGCGCGUACGUGUGGCCCGACUAUGAUUCUCCCCGAUAUGUGAUCGGGUUCAGUUCGUCGGCCGCCUUCGCUUUGUGUUCGAUAUUUUGUGCUUGGUGGAUGAGAUAUUUGUUGAAGAGGGAGAAUAAGCGGCUGAAGGAGGUCCAUGGGUCGGAUCUGAUUAAUUAUUACGGAUAUUAA